AUGGUUGGCUCCAAAACUGCGCUCGGGUCUUCGAAGAAGAUGGAUUCCACCCCCACCUCAUCAACAUCUCACAAGCGAAAGAGAGAUAUCGACGGCUCGAAUGCGAUCACCCCAACACCAACCAAGAAACACAAGAAGCGCGAGAGCCUCUCCGCUGUGUCGCCUACCGAUGAUGGGAGCAGCAAGAAGCGGAAACGACUGAAGGAUGCACUUCAAGGUGGUAAUUCCGAGGGUUCGUCUCGGAAGGAAGGUGCUGGCUCGCCAGAACGCCGCAAACAGGCUGCUGCAGACCCGAACGACCCAGUCGGUAAAGCUGGAAGGAAGUUGAAGGAUGGCAAGCGAAAGGGUUCUGGGAAAAAGACUCAAUCAACUGAUGAGUCCGCACCCGUGAACGCUGAGUCCGAGGACCUUAAGGGAGCGAAUGAGUCUUCCGAGGACGAGGACCAGCGCAAGUCCUCGAAAAACAAACAUGCGGGGAUCCUGUCCAAGUUCGAGCGGACGAAGACGGCGGCAAGCGCGAAGGCGAAGAAAGCGAAACCUGAGACUGGAGAAGCCGAAGAGCCCGCUGAGAUGACUGUCGCUCCAGUGAUCGCACAGGGCCUGGAACCAUUGCCGCAGCCAGAGAACCCGCCUGAGGUGCAGGAAACGCCUGCCUACUCUUCCCUGCCUACCUGGCUAGCGAAUCCUCUGCGUACUUCGGCAAGCGAGCGAGCCAAUUUCGCGGACAUGGGCAUCAAACCCGAUCUUCAACGCAUCCUCGAACAAAACAACUACAAGGAGGCAUUCGCUGUACAGUCGACGGUUAUUCCUCUCCUUCUGGACGGUAGCAAAAACCAUCCAGGUGACCUGUGUAUCAGUGCUGCGACAGGCUCUGGAAAAACGCUUUCCUACGUGCUGCCACUGGUCACAUCUCUGACUCCCAGACCCGCGUCAAGACUGCGGGGCCUUAUCGUUGUGCCCACGAGAGAACUGGUCAAGCAGGCACGCGAAGCCUGCGAGCUCUGUGCCUCUGGAUCACGUCUUCAUAUCGGAAGUGCCGUGGGUAAUGUGGCCAUCAAAGAAGAGCAGAAACUUCUGAUGAGAGUCGAUCAAAUAUACAAUCCCGCAACUGUCGCGCAACGGGAGAAGGCCGGGUUGCAGGGAAACGACUGGAUGGAUUUCAGCCUCGAAGACUGUGUGGGCGAAGCGAUCGACUCCAACGAAUCUUUGCCUGGCUAUAUUCAGCAAGCACAGCCAAAUGUCGAUAUUCUUAUCUGUACUCCCGGCCGACUGGUGGACCACAUCCGCUACACUAAAGGAUUUACUCUUACCCAUCUCGAGUGGCUGGUGAUUGACGAGGCUGAUCGUCUGCUGAAUGAGAGUUUUCAGGAAUGGGUGGAUGUGGUAAUUAGAUCGCUGAACUCACGACAAGCACCAGAGACCUUUGGCCCCGGAGGUAAACUUCUCUCUGACCUCGGACUUCCGAUCGAUACCCUACCCCCCCGAAAGGUGAUCCUGAGUGCGACCAUGACUCGGGACAUCACCAAACUCAAUUCCUUGCGUCUGAACAACCCCAAGAUGGUCAUCAUUGGUGCUGAGGAUGCCGCGGAUGCCGCGAAUCUGUCUGCUACCCAUCCUGAUGCACAUUUCACUCUGCCGCCGACAUUGCAGGAGCAUAUUGUUGCUGUGGGUGAUGCAUCCCAGAAGCCGCUUUAUCUCCUCCGCCUCCUGCUAUCACAUAUCAAGGUCGGUGUGGAGAAUCCUGCGCGUGCAAGCCUAGGCGCUUCCAAGGAGUCCGACUCCGAAAGCAGCAGCUCGGAUGACACUAGCUCGGAUGAUAGUAGCUCAGAUGAGUCUUCUGAUGAGGAUGCAACUUCGUCAUCUGGCUCCGACUCGGAUUCAGAAUCAGACUCGUCGACUUCUGAUUCCGAAUCUUCUAGCGAUUCUUCUUCAGACGAAUCGUCUGAUUCCGAGGAUAAAUCUAUCGGUCUUGUCCUUUCAGCUGGUUCUCCCCGUACGACUGUCCUCAUUUUCACCAAAUCCUCCGAGUCCGCAUCACGUCUGUCUCGACUCAUUUCGAUUCUUCACCCCCCACUUGCGAACCGCGUGGGAACUAUCAUAAAAUCGAACAAAUCGUCUGCAUCCCGCAAGACGCUGGCAGCCUACCGCCGCGGCCGUAUUUCGGUAAUUGUCGCUACUGACCGUGCUUCGCGUGGUCUUGACCUACAAUCUUUGACUCAUGUCGUCAACUACGAUAUUCCGCCCAGUGUCACUACCUACGUGCAUCGCGUUGGCCGUACUGCCCGUGCAGGUCGCGAGGGCUCUGCAUGGUCUCUGGUCGCCCACCGCGAAGGACGAUGGUUCUCCAAUGAAAUCGCGGCUAGUGUUGACGGACGCAUCACCCGCACUACCAGCAUUGACCGAGUCCAUGUGAAGCUGGAUGAUCUGAAGUCACUCCAGCUGAAGUAUGCGACAGCGUUGGACAAGCUGGAAAAGGAGGUGAAAGUGGACAGGGCUCGUCCAUCCAAGCGGGCCUAA